AUGAAGAGGGCGGUGUGGUCGAGAGCCAGAAGUGGGAGGAUCCGGUGAAUGCAAAUCGAUUAAUCGAUCAGAUGCAUAGAUUAAUUGAUUCGUUAUUAUAAAUCGUGAAGAUCACGAUGGCAUUCGUCGAGCGAGUUGUCAUGUUGGAGCUAUGGGAAGCUGCAGCAGCUGUGCUGAGAGGGAUGAACCAGACAACCACCCCACUAAGUUUAAGGUGAAGAACGUCGACGACGACGGCAAUGAAUUAGAGUCGGGCAUCAUGGAGAUCACGGACCAGGAGAUAAUUUUGCACACGCGCAAGCGGGACGCAGUGCGGUGGCCGUACACCUGCCUGCGCCGCUACGGCUACGACUCGAACCUCUUCUCCUUUGAGAGUGGCCGCCGCUGCCAGACGGGGCAAGGCAUCUUCGCGUUCAAGUGCGCGCGCGCCGAGGAGAUGUUCAACCUGCUCCAGGAGAACAUGCAGUGCAACCGGAUAAAUGUGCGCGAGGAGCCAACGCGAGACCGCCUGCACUCGCAUGCCGAGUCCGAGCUGCCGCGUACGCCGCGCACGCCGCGCACGCCCACCACCCCGGGCUACGGGCAGCAGUACCCGCGGCGGAUGUCGUACGAGGAGAGCUCGUCGCACCCGUCGAGUCGCCACCCGUCGGUGGGCAGCGCGCGCCUCCCCUCGGUGGGCGAGGAGUCGACGCACCCCCUCAUCGUGCCCGACGAGCAGGUACACACGUACGUGAACACCUCCAACGUACACGAGGAGCUCGGCUCCAGGUCUGGUGGUGGUGCCACUACCGUGAGCUCGGCCAGCGCCCCGCCAAACGGAGCAAGCGGAGGUUCGGCGGCCGCAGCCGCUGCCGCCGCUGCUUCCACUACAUCGGCAGCCGAGCCGGGGCCCGCCACGGGCCCCCGCGGUUCCAUGGAGGAGCGCAAUCCGCAGGUGCAGUUGGAGUCGCAGGGAGCCAAGUUCAUUUUGGGACCCACUCCGGCGCAGAAACGCGAGCUGGAGCGGCGCCGCAGGCGCGAGCACCAGGAUGGCGACGCUCAGCAGCAGCAUCUGUCAGCCGUGACGCUCGCCAACACCAAUGCUAACGCCGCCACCGUGCACGUGGAGGACGGAGGUGCUGUCGUCCCAGUGUCGUCCAGCAGCCGGAAGGAACCAGGCAUCGGUAAUAGCCACGGCGCCGGCGGCAACAACAACCGGCUGGUGUACGAGAACGUCAAUGGCUUGCCGCCACAGACGCCCGGUGCGCCGUCCAGUAGGGCAGCAGUGGAGGUGCAGAACGGGAACCCCGUAGUGUCGGCGGCGGUGGUGGUGGUGCCGGUGGGCGGACGGACUCUGCAGAACUACGAGAACUGGCCGACGCUGCCCUCGGUGCGCGAGGAGCCGGCAGUAACGGCAGUGCGCACGCCGCUGCGGAACGGAUACCACCCCGGUGCCGCGGGGCUGGUGGACGCCCAGGCGCCGGUGGCCGGCAAGGGCCACUCCGACUUGUUGCGCAAGCGGGAGGCAGCGCCCACAGUGUUCAGCUUCGAGUUCCGGCGCGGCAGCCUGCUGCAGCACCACCAUCAUCACCACCACCAUCACCAUGGCGCGGGCGGUGCCGGAAGUGGGGGCUUGGCGGCGCUCAACUACAUCCAGGUGGAGCUGGAUGAGGCGGGGAGCAGCGAGGGAGAGAACGGCGGGGGGGGCGGUGCGGCGCCACGCACUCCGCGCACGCCGGGCACGCCUCUCCCACAGACGCCGACGCGGCGCACAGAAGUGUACGCCACCAUCGACCUGGAGAAGACGGCCGCCAUGUCGAGCCUGCAGCGUGCGCUGCCACGGGACGACGGCACGGUCCGCAAGACGCGGCAUAACAGCACUGACCCGCCCAUGUAGGGUCGAGUCGACGGUGGUUGUGGCGGCGGGUGCUCCCGCAGCCCUUCUGCCGAUCGCUCAUGCCAGCGUCUGCACCAACGCACUCGCACGCGUUCCGUGUAAAGCGCAUCACGCUUGCCGCGAGCUUUGUUUGCCGGGCGAGCCUGACAUCGCCGUCCCAUUUGCAGUGGAGGGUGGUGGAGGUGCCUCGUCUUGGUUGUUUGUGGGUGUUUGUGUAGAGGCGGAGUAGGAGGAUAGGGGGGGGGGGGUGCGCAUCACAGUGUUAGUAGUGUUCAUACAUUCAUGAGCGCAAGCCUCGUCUCCUGGAGAGGCUGUGGCACGGAGGAGUGAACGCUGGUAACGCUGUGUCGCCGGACGAGGAAAGGACAGUCGCAAGUGCAGACGAAGCGUGCCGAUUGUACUGGAGGCCCGAGGCCGAGCGUUGCCCCUGCACUUCGACAACUCUGCCGGUGACUGCGCAGUUCAGAGAAAAGGGGGACGUCCCACCGACAGCACUGGGUGGACGGAUUCGCUCAGCCAAAGGGGCCGUCUUGUAAAUAGGUCAUACAUUUUGAAACGGUUAAUGAUGUGCCAACUGUCGGGUCAAUUAAAAGAAUGCAUUUCAGUUAGCUGUGAAGCAGUGUGAGGGACGGGAGUGCCACGGAGGGAUGGGAAGGCAAAGGGAGGUAGAGGGUAAGCGAUGGAAAGUGUGUGGGUGAGUGGUGAGACUUGUGAAGUGUUAGCGGAGGUGUGAAAGGGCAUGAUUGACAUUUCCAAGGAAAAUUAAAUUGAACCAGUGCCAUUCCCCACUUUAUUUGAGCUGCAUAAAGCCUUGUCCUGAACGUAACGGUAUAUGAGGCCACAUGCCUGUUUUUACUAUAAUUGUUGUUACUGUGUGAAUAUAGUUUUUUUAUCAUCCCAUUCCUGUUGACGGUGGAGAGGAGUCCAGCUGAAAGCUACCUUGCCUUCCCAGCAUGCAAAGCGGCGGAUCGCGCAGGCCUUGCUUGCUGGGGGCAAGUGGGGCUGUGUUUACGGAAUUCUCACUCUCGGUACCUGUACGCGCUUUAGCUGUGCGACUCAUUCCGUGCAAAUAAGCUUCCUUGACUUAAUUUUUUUUCAACGACAAAAAAGUGCCCAUUAUGGUUUUAAAAAAAACUGAAAAAAAAUCGACAUUAGUUCCCAGAAACAGACCAAUUUCAAAUGUGAAUGUGUGCAUUCGUGCGUGUGUUUGUGGGUGUAGCCACAUGAUCAGCGCGUGUCUCAGAGCGUCAUUUUGUUUGCAAAACUUGACGGUGCGUCUCAUCUUUUCACGCUACCAAAAACAACACUACAGCGGUGUCCAUUCCUCUGCACCCUUGCACGCCGCUGCAGUUGUACGCAGACUUGUGUCCUGCGCUGGUGGCACACCGUGCAUCCUCCGUGUGGCUUUUUUUUUCUAAUCUUGGUGUGUUUUUUUUGUUUUGACGUCGUCUUCGUACCGGUGUACGCUUGUCCCUGCUUGUUUUCUCAGCUCCAUGCUUUCGGUUUAACAAGUGCCAUGGUGCUUGGCGGUACGGUGCAUUUGCCUUGCGCGGUCAAAUGUUGGAACGCUCGCGAACAGAGGUACGGUACUAGCGGUCCCAAAGCGUGUGAAGGUUUUAAUUCUCAUGUUUCAUAGACAUCAAGAGUAUUUAAAGAAUAAAGAGAGAAAACACUAAACUGACUCUAAGUUGACAGACCUCAAAGAGCGUUGGGUGAGCUUCCCUUAAAGCAUUUUGUGUUGAUAUAAUCACGGUAUGUUAAUUGAUGUUCUCUAAGUCCAGACUGGUCAGCGUUUACUGUAUUGCCAUGACUUGCCAAACUGCUUUCGGCGCGCGCACAACCUUCAUCAGGUGGGGUGGGGAGCCUUCAUUGUGGGUGAGGGUGAAUCAAUUCAUUAAAUCUUUUUUUUUUCAAAGCUUAAAGUACAUUCAUCGACUCGUGUAAAAAUUGAUAUUUUUUAUUUUCACUUAGAGUUCAUAAUGACCCUUGCAGACACUAAAUGCCGUUGCAUUUACGGGAGUGUUAAAAAGAGCAUUGUUUAUUGAAUCAUGGCAAAUAUAAAUCGACAAUACAUUGAAUUGCCAGGGGCUGACACACCCCUAGCAAAAUAAUUAUACAGUCAAUGCAGGUUAUUCCUUUGGAAGAGAAAUUUACUUUUAAAAGCAAUCCGCCCAAGCCGGGCUGCAGGGCUAGCUGGUAGAUUUUUUUAACGAAGUGACUUCAUUAGAAUUUGUGAUGGUGUUUUUCUCACACAAAGCUGGCUAACAAAAUAGUUAACGAGGCUGUUUUGGGGUUGGACAGUUACUCCACACAGACACCACAAAACAAAACUGCUGUUCCACUGACCCUGGCAUUGAUGUCUCCCACACCAUAAUCCCGCACAAUAGCAUCCCAAAAUACGAACUUCUGAAGGUUCUUGCUUGGAAAUUGUUUCAAUUUAAAGCUUUCGUGACUGCAAGGAUUCAUCUUCUUUGGUUCUUUCGGUAAAGUCACGUAGAAUGAGAAUAAAAUAAUAAAUUAAAAAUAACACAAUUAAAUUCUCACGACGUUUCGGCCACAACACAAGUGGCCUUCAUCAGGUGAAGGGACGAGACUGUCUGGAGGAAAUUGUUGGCGAUGCAGCGGGCCAAAUUUGCUGAAAUUUUAAACGGGUCUUGAAUGCCGAAUGAUUAUGAAAUAUCCCAGUUGUGUUGCGAUUGUGCUGUUGUAAUCACAUUGUCAUGGGAUGAAAACAUGUCCAUUCUUAGUUCUCGUGAAGUACUGCGCUACGCCCUACGAAGGGGACAUCACAGAUUUACUAAUGUCCCUUCAAAUAUCAUGAGUGGUGUCCUCUCACAUGCCCUGUUGAUUAAGUAUGCAUCUCAUGCCAAUCACACAAAAAAUGUGUUUUAGGCCUCAUCCAGAAUGUCGAAUUAAGUGAAAAAUCUACUUGUUAAGUUUUGGUGCGUACGGUCAAUGGUGGCUGAGCUAAGGCCAUCCACUCACGACGCUUGAAAGUCUGGUUUUAUCACAGGUGGCUGAAACCUGAAUUCUAACCCAGGUUGUCAAGCCCUCUUACCUUCCAUACGUCCCAGCUGAUUUAUAAUCACCAGUGUCCAAAUCUCCCUUGGUGGCCCACUCACCUUAUUGGGGUCAAUAUAAGCACCUUUGUGGGAAACAACAGUGGUUAUGCUCGUUGAGAAUAGUGGUCUGUCAUGGGAAUGUGGAAUAUCACUGGCCCACAGCUUCUAAAGGACACGAGCAUCGCCACAUUUAGUUGAAGAGGGAAACCUUUUUUUUAUUUCUGAUUGUGGCACUGCAGGAUGGGUGACGGCUUACAGAGGCCUUCAUCCAGCAGUGGAUAGAUCAUGUCUCCCGUUGAUGCCAGUCUGAAAUCAAUCGUAUCAUGAAGCGAAGAAACCUCGUCAAGUCGCUAGUCCUGAGUGAUCCGGAAGAUGACUCCACGGUUCUACUGGGUUAGACGACGUGCCUUCACGCUCUCUGGACAACGUGUUGUCACAUGCCAAUCAUCGGAUAUAUUCAUAAGCUUUAACCCUCUGUAAGCAUUUGUAUGAAAAAAACAGGUUUGUGUUUUUUUCAUGGAAGUCACUGAUGUUGUGCCUGAAAUCGUGAAACAUUGCUAUCGGUGGAUUCUGGCUCAGGACUUAAACAUUGCCAUCAUGAGCCACCCAACAAUCCUGACACUCAAUUCCUUCACGAUGGAUUGACGAAUUGUCGUGCAAGGACACUCCCGAAACUCGGCGAGUCUGGAUAAAUGCAUUAUGUAAGUGGUGGACAAUAAUUAUGACGCUAGUCCUAGCCCCAGAAUCAGCCCAAGCCUCUUUUAACUUUACUUUCCCAUACUGUAGCCCGAACACUUAACGAUAAUCCUGACCCAUAAUCCUGAAAUUAGCCAUAAUCUCUUAUCAGCCUAUUGCUGGUCAGCUAAACAAACAGAAGUCAUUGUUUCUCAUCGUCUUGUAGUGGUGUUGCAGUGUGGUACAAACUGUCCUGAAUUACGAUGCCAUACAUCAUCCGUGACGAAUGUUGUCCCUGCCUACAUACCGUUGUUACGACUGUUUUUACGACAUUGGUGAUCGGUACGCGACUGGGCUUGGGUUUCAGGUUAGGGUUGAGUUGGGACCAGUGUUGAUCGGGUCAUUUGUGCCAAAUGAUAAUGGGCGGCAGGUAUUGUAUAAUAAUGAAGUGAAUUCUUCCAAGUGUUGCAGAUUAAAUGAGAAAUGCACGUGCGAGUGUUUUUGUUUGCCCAUUCGCAAUUCUGCUGCAAACAUUCAGACUAAACGUGCGACGUGCCGAAUUGUUUGGAAGAGGGUAUGGCGAUGUAAAAAACAAUUAAGGUAACUUAAGAGCAUUACAGAUACGAAUGUAAAUGAGCGGUUCUGGUUUUAUUUUCUUCACUACUAUUCGAGGUACUAUAGAGAGAGAGAGUAAAGGGCUCGCUGUCAAAACGGUGGUCAGCUCCGGUACGCCAAACGCCUCAUCUGCUGCUGCUGCACACCUGGCCGGAGUGUUGUUGCGUGAUCGCAACAGGUAACCUGCCUGUCAAUCAAGCUCGAUCAUGGAUCGCUGUAAUUAUGGAAGGCUGUUUGCGGUGCCAGUGUGUUCACUGCAAGUGCUUUUUGAUGGACUGAGUCUCGGAUUCCGAAAAAGGUGUGUGGUGGGGUAUGAAUAAAAACUUGACCAAUGUCACUUCCUACGCGCACGACGGCCCCACAUCGGAGCACACCUUUUAAUGCAUUCAUUCAUUCCUCCGCAGACAUUUUAAGUGCCUUCGCUGUGCUGUACGAUUAAAUCAUGUGCAUUAAUUGUGCGUCGGCUGCGCAAUCAGUGUUUCCCCACCCCCUCCCGCACACAACCGUAAUGAUUAAUUAUUGUUAAUUUUUUGUAAUGUCUCCAAGUAUGUAAUUAUUACCAUAAGCAUUAUAUUUCCGAUGAAAACUAAAGGAAAUGGAAACAACCAUCAAAGCGAAAAACUGUAGUCGCGUAUGUAGAUAAAGCAGUUAUGUACACUACCAUGUACCAUACGAUGAAGUUAAAACGUAGUUAAAAUUGUUUAUUCAUUUCAAAGAUAUAAGUGAGAAGGCGCUGUGUCCCCCUGCCGUCUUGCCACAUUACAUGAAUAAACCUUGUAAUAGUCCUGUAACCAAAA